CUCAAUGUCCACUCAAUGUCCAUUCCCAUUCUGAAUAUCCAUAUCUAUUGUGAGAUAUCGGUCACUGUGGUCACUCUGGUCACUCUGCCCAAUGUCCAUCUGUCCAGCGAGCAGGUGAGCCGGCGGCAGUCCCGCGUUGACCGCCUCUACGUGGGGCUGAAGGAGCUGGUGGACGAGCGCAAGGUCCACCUGGAGCAGCAGUACUGGCUAUUCCAGCUCGGCCGGCAGGUGGCCGAACUCGAGCACUGGAUGGCCGAGAAGGAGGUGGUGGCCGGAUCGCCCGAGCUCGGACAGGACUACGAGCACGUGACGCUCCUCCAGGAGAAAUUCCUGGCUUUCGCCACCGAGACGGGCAGCGACGGCCACCAGCGAGUGACCGCGGUCAACCAGAUGGUGGACGAGCUCAUCGACUACGGCCACUCGGACGCGGCCACCAUCGCCGAGUGGAAGGACGGCCUGAACGAGGCGUGGGCUGACCUCUUGGAGCUGAUGGACACUCGGGCGCAGAUGCUGGCCGCCUCCCACGACCUCCACAAAUUCUUCAACGACUGCAAGGACGUUUUGGGGCAAAUCGAGGAAAAACGGCGCCGGCUGCCCGAGCUGGCGGCCGGAGACGGCCGGACGUCGGCCGGAGCCAUGCAGCGGACGCUGGCGGCCUUCGAGAGGGACGUGGAGGCGUUGGUCACUCAGGUCCGGCGGCUGCAGGAAGGGGCGGCGCAGCUGCGGACGGUCUACGCCGGCGACAACGCCGAGGCCAUCGCCGGCCGCGAGAGGGAAGUGGUCAAGGCGUGGCCGGAGCUGCUGACCGCUUGCGAGGAGUGUCGCGUGAGAGUGGCCGGAGCGGCCGAGAGGGUUCGGUUCGCGGCCGCGACCAAAGAGUGGACGGAGUGGGUGGACACGGCGGUGAGGCAGAUGGAUAGCGCUGAGCGGCCCAGAUGGACAGCGCUGACCAGCCCAGUGAUGGUCAGUGAGGGUCAGUUCCGGUCAGCGGCCGCGGCCUGGGAGGAGCGCUUCGGCCACUUGCGCCGGCUGACCACUCUGGAGAAGCUCAAGGCCGAGCAGUGUCCGCAGCCGCCCACGCCGCUCUUGAGCCGCAAGUUCCUGUCCGAGCCCCCUCUGUCCACUCGGCCGGACGCUCGAGUGGCCUACGUCCGGCACGAGCUGCGGCCGGAGCGGCUCCAGCCACGCCUUGACCGCGUCCAGCCCGCUCCGGCCACCGCUGACCGGCCGGAGGAAACGGCCGAACCGCGGCCGGAGCGGCCGAGUGACCACCGGAGUGACCACCAGCGGAGUGACCAUCGCACUGACCAGCGGAGUGACCAGCGCGGUGACCACCGGAGUGACCAGCGGAGUGACCACCGGAGUGACCGCAGGAGUGACCGGCGGCUGGAGCGGCAAGAGUCCAGCGAGCCCGAGGGUCAGCGGCCGGACGGCAAGGCCGGAGGCAAAGCCACUCUGGCCGAUAUCGUGGAGCAGCUGCAGGAGAAAGAGGCGGCCGGAGCAGGGCCGGGAUCGCCCCGCGAGUCCCCAGGCCGCAUUCCGGCCGGUCCGGAGUCCCUCCCUGACCGGACGCCCCGUCCGGAGCGUCCGCGCGCCCGUGACCGGCCGAAGCCGCGGCGCCGCCCUCGGCCCAAGGACUCCGGCCAAAGCUCGGCCGAACCGCGGCGCUCGCGGUCAGCGCCGGCUCAGGCCGGCUCCGGCCCCUCGCCGCCGGCUCCGGCCACUCCGCCAGGACACCGAGUGACCCACGAGGGGUUCCUGCUGAGGAAACACGAGAUGGACGGAGCGGCCGGAAAGAAAGCGUCCAAUCGGUCAUGGCUCAAUCUCUACUGCGUGCUGGCCAAAGGUGACCUGGGCUUCUACAAGGACGCCAAAGGUCCGGCGGCCGGAGCCACCCACGCCAGGGAGCCGCUGCUGAGCCUCCACCGCGCCAGCGCCGAGGUGGCCAGCGACUACAAGAAGAAGAAGAACGUCUUCAAGCUGCGGACGGGCGACGGCAGCGAAUUCCUUCUGCAGGCCAAGGAUGAGGAGGAAAUGCAGGGCUGGCUGAAGGCUCUGGCCACCAGCGCCCAGGAGCACGCCGAGGUU